AUGAUAAAAUUACGCAAUGAACUCUCUAAUUUCGCUCCCGAUCAUAUUUUCAAUAUGGAUGAAACGGGAUUAUUUUAUCGUUGCAUGCCUAAUCGGAGCUAUGUUCUCGAUCGGGGUGACAAAAGGCAAAAAGGGAAAGGAACUAAAGCCAUGAAAUCCAAAGACCGUAUAACUUUAGUUUUAUGCGUCAAGGCAACUGACACUUGUAAGAUAGAUCCGUUGAUUAUUGGGACGGCAAAAACCUCUCACGGUUUCCGUGAUAAUAGGUGUCCCCUUCCGUACACUAACCAGUCGCGUGCAUGGGUUCAAUGUUUUACAAAUAAAAGAGUUGCGUUGGUGAUGGAUUCGUGCUCCGGCCAUGAUAAAACGAUCAUUGAUCCGACUGGCCAAGUUUCAACAUAUUAUUUCCCACCAAAUGUGACGUCUAUCUACCAACUCCUAGACCAAGGAAUAAUUGCAGCUCUGAAAACGAGAUACAUGUCAAAAAUGCUAGCAAAACUCGUCGAAAGCUACGACAAUUUUGAAGCGCUACAACUUCAAGCUGAACAAAUUCCAAACGGCCGUCGUGGAUUAUCGCUUCGUCUAUUAGAUCUCAGAUGUGACAACCACCAUCGUCUACAAAAACCUGGACUUGACCAUCUAGUCUGUUCAACUUCCGACGAGCGUGAAGAGUUGUUAAGCCAGUGGCUUGACAUCGAGCAACACCCAGACUUAUUAGCCGCUGAGGAAGCUGAAAUGAUCGCAGUAGACGAUGAAACAGACGAAGUUGAUUCAACCAACCUGUCUCUGCCAACUUGCUCAACCGCCAAUGAAUCGGCCAACACGUAUCAGCCGGUUUAA